AUUCACAACACACAACGGCCACGACGACGACCGGCUGUGAUUCAUACCCGACCGACCAUAGCCGACCGCGACACGACUACGCCACCUCAUUUUAUCCGAACAAAGGACGCAACCUCAAAGCGACCACCACCGCCGAACUGCCCGCGACACACUCCACACGACUCACACUAUAUCCCUGCUUGACCGCGACAUCGACACCACCGCCGUCAUGUCGGGCUACAACCCUCGCCGCGCACCCAAUGUGUCGCAAUACCUCCAAAACCUCAACACGAUUCCCUCCCCGCAGGACCACCUCGCACAACAGGCCGAGCUGAGUCUCGCCGACGAUGGUCUCGACUUCCUCACCAACGCCGAGUUCUUCGACUUUGACCAGUUCAACCCCAAUGCCGCCGGCUUCCCUCAGAACGACAUCGUCGCCAAGCCUGAAACACCCUUCCAAUUCGGCGACUUCGGCGCAUUCCCUCCCACCGCCGUGACCUCUCCCUCCACCAUCUCCAGCCCCCACAAUGGCCUCCAAGGCGCCUACCCACCUCAACCACACCACUUCCCCGGCGCAACCACGCCCUCCACCGGCGACAAGCGCAAAGCCUCCAUCGCCGGCGUUCCCGCUCCCGAACACCUCGAAGAAUCCUCCCGCGUCGCCGCAGAAGAGGAUAAACGUCGCCGCAACACCGCUGCAUCCGCCCGCUUCCGUGUGAAGAAGAAGCAGCGCGAACAAGCGCUCGAGAAGCAGACCAAGGACAUGGCGGAUAAGGUAUCCGCGCUGGAGGGCAAAGUGCAGCAGUUGGAGAUGGAGAAUAAGUGGUUGAAAGAACUCAUUACGGAGAAGAGCGAUACGAAGACGCUGGAGGCGGCGCUGGAAGCGAGGAUGAAGAAGGAGACGACGGAGCGGAGUAGCGGCAACCGCACGGAUGGUGUUGGUACGGAUUGAUGAUGGGUUUCGUGUUGAUUGAUGAAU